AUGCCGGCUCAGGAGGAUUUUUUGGUAGAACAAUUCAUGGACAAGUACGAGGACAAUGCUGUCUAUAACGUUGGUGAGACCUGCUGCUACUCUCUAAGUUUGGGUGAAUUGGCAGAAAUAACAGGCGAGAAAUUUGAAUUUGACUACGAAAAAAGACUCACUUACGGAUCUAUUCGAGGCACUCAGCAGUUGAGAUCACUGAUUGCGGAGAUCCACAGUAACGACGAAGUGCAUCUUAGUGAAAAAAACGUCUUGAUCACCAAUGGUGCGAUUGGUGCAAAUUUCCUGGUAAAUUACGCGGUAGCUGGACCAGGCGAUCAUGUCAUCUGUGUCGCCCCAACGUACCAGCAAUUGAACAGUGUUCCGCAAAUGUUUGGUGCGGAAGUCGAUUUGCUGCAAUUGGAGGCCGCUGACGACUAUCUCCCCAACCUUUCGAAGCUCAGAAGCAUGCUAAAACCCAACACCAAGCUCAUUGUCCUCAAUAACCCUAAUAAUCCGCUUGGAAGUGUCAUCCCAACCGAGAUGCUGGCCCAAAUUGCCGCGCUGGCCGAUGAGGCCGGAGUUCGAGUUCUGAACGAUGAGGUCUACAGCCCUCUAUUCCACUCCUGUGAACAACCCAAGUCAAUUUGCCAACUGAGUAGUACUGGUAUCACAACAGGCUCUAUGUCAAAGUCUUAUUCAGCAGCAGGUAUCAGACUAGGGUGGAUUAUUACUCAGGACUUGGACUUCAUAGAAACGGCUGCCUCUCGUAGAGACUACAACACCAUAUCCGUGUCCAUGGUGGAUGAUGCGAUUUCUUGCUACAUUUUGAGAAAUCGCCAAGCCGUGCUUGAUCGCAACUUGGCUCUGUGCAAAGGAAAUCUGGACAUCCUCAAGGAGUUUGUCGAAGGAUCUGAAGGAAAGUUUACUCUUGUUAAUGAUCCAAAAGGUGGAUCCGUUUGCCUUUUGCGAAUUAAUGGUAUGACUGACACUGAAACCUUUGCAGCUACGCUGGCAAGACAGUUCAAAGUUCUAGCAGCACCCGGAGAGUGCUUUGGGAUACCUGGUACUCUUCGUAUUGGGUACGGAAACUCUAGAGCCGAACUCGUGAAGGCGUUGGAGUUGAUCAAUGUAGCGUAUGACCAGACUCGCAAUUGA